GACGUGUUUGGAGCUGGAGACGGCCUGGGCGCUGGCGAAGCGGCGGCCGGAGUUCCUUUCUGUGACAUGUCCUUGAAGAUGAUAGGCAUGCCAAUUUCAGUCAGACUCCAUGAGAGAGCAAUUGUCCUGGAAUAUAGUAGGCAUACCUAUUGUAGAAGAGCUCUGUGACUUGACAGAAUCCUCAGUUGGCUCUUAGGGAACCGUGAUCAUCUUUAAUCGAUAAAGACUUCUGCAGAGCUGUACGCGUAAGGCUUGAGUUGGAAGAUUAAUGAACCACGGUAGCGUUCUGGGACUUCCUUUAAGCCCAGGAAGGAACCUGUCAGGAUGCCCAUGGUGACGCGGAGGCUGCGAGACCCUGACAUAAACCCUUGCUUGUCGGAAUCAGAUGCUUCUACCAGAUGUAUGGAUGAAAAUAACUAUGACAGGGAAAAGUGUUCCACUCACUUCCUGAAGUACAAAAACUGCCGGAAAUUCUGGAAUUCUGUCAUGGUCCAGAGAAGACAGAAUGGAGUACAGCCAUCUAUGCCCACGGCAGCAGAAAGAGACGAGAUCCUGGGGACACUGGGAAAGAUGCCCUACUGACUGUGUGGAUUCAUAUGGUUUCUUUAAUUUAGAAGCGGAUGAAUAUUUUUAAUAAAUGAUGACUGUGACCUUCGAACACCUUUCGGGCCGUACACAGACAAAUCUUUUAAACACCACAAGGGAACCCAAAGUUAGGUCAGCCCUGCGUCCUUUGCAUUAGUGCCCAGCGCCACGAUGGUGGGCCGCCCCAGUGGCUGUGUGGGGCCGCGGAGUUUGCGUUACUUCCUGAAGGUAGGGGAGCAUUAGGAGAGGUGACAUGGGGGGGUCUAGCUUUUCUGCGGGUAACAGGUAGAGAUGACAAGUAAAAGACUCAAUGGCAGUGCAAGGGAAGGCGGUGCGUCCAAGAAUGGAGAAUGACGUGAGCAGCGACACGACAGGAGCUGACUUUGGAGUGUGGUCCAUAGACCAUCGCACCGAGAGGGUAAGGUGGGUGGUGGAGUGGCAGACGCAAGCCCAGGAAGGUAAGUUCGGGGUGGAUGUGGGAGGGGGGGCUCAAGUCUCGGGCGCAGUGCAGCGCAAGACCCCCACCCUCACUCCUCUCCCUCACCUCUGUUCAUAUAAGGUGAGUAUGUUGACGGGGCAGGGAAGAAGGGGUGCAGGAGGGUUGUCUUAGACAAAUGGCACCCAUGAGAAUGCUUUUCUUUUCUUCCUUUAAGGAGAAGCUUAAAGGAUUCUGUGACUCAAGUCCCUACGUAUUGGAUAACCUUCUGAAGGGAUAGUAGUCUUGACGCGCAGUCAUGGGAAAAAGAUGAUUCUCUUAGAGGUGGGGCUUCUCUUUGCAGGAAGAGACAGACAGGGAGGGUAGGGGGUUCAUAGGUGAACACACUGGGAUGAGACCAGAGCCUGGCUCCCUUGUAUGCUGUAAACACAAGAACUUUAAAUAUGGCGACAGGGGCGGGGCGUGGGGCUGCUCUCUACCCACCAGCUAUUUAUAACCUAUACUAUUUAAUAACAUCUAGCAUAUGCUAAAAAAUCAAUGAAAGCAGAUAGCUCGUGCCCCUUUCUAUCUGGUGCUGCGUCAAGAGUAUUAUUUUAAAGGCUGCUGACAACAAACUAUCCAUCUCAUUGGUCUUUGUCCAAAACCCACGUCAGAUGUUUUUAAGCCAUAUGACCCUGAUUGUUAAAUGUGAUUCUGUUUGAAUAAAAGAUGGACUGUUUGAGAAA